AUGGCCAAAAGCUCAGGUGUAAUUAUCAUCCCGGCUAUCUCGGGUUCAAGUGCUCCAUCUGAUCUCGUGGCGUGGCUGAUCGCAGGUUAUCUUCGAAAGCAAGGCCUACAUGCAGCAUCUGAAAUCGUGAGCUCUGGAAAGCUCAGCAUGCUUAGGACGCAAGGUGGUUCCCUACAUACUGUUCUUGACGUGGCCGAGACUUAUGGGAUCGGUGGUUGGUUGACUUCUGACACCUCGGUCUUGUUGCCAGAUCCCAAACAUGUGGUCAAGAAGAACAAGGGACUGAUGGGUCAUCAUUAUGACCAACAUCUUGAGCAUCUGGCAACAUCUUUUGUCGCCCCAGCCACUGGCCUCAUAUCUGCACUACUCAUGCACAUCGUCACAAAACUGGGUAUUUUCUUGCUUGCAGUGCCCUGGUUCAGAUCCUUCGUCCGUGGCAAGUCAUUCGAUCGAGGAUCUGGACCCGACAGAGACGGAAGCCGCAAGAUCGAGAGCGCGGAAUGGAAAGCAGUUGGUUACGUGACUGGCAAGGAAGAGCCAGUGGCGUUUGCAAAGUUCAGCUACAAGGGAGCACUGGUUGACAUGGCGGUAGUUUUAGCCGUGGAGGCUGCAGCGACAAUUAAUCAGAUGAACAAGUCUGAGGCUACUGGUGCAGGACUAUUGACGCCAUCAACGUUGGGUUACACAUUUGUGGACCGACUUCGGGCAGCAGGUUUUGAUCUCACGGUCGAUGGGCUUGAAACUCAUUGA